AGAAUUGUGAAAGAAAGAUGGCUCGUACUAAGCAAACUGCUCGUAAAUCAACUGGAGGAAAGGCUCCUCGGAAACAGUUAGCUACUAAGGCAGCACGUAAAAGUGCUCCAGCAACUGGUGGUGUGAAGAAACCUCAUCGCUAUAGGCCAGGCACUGUUGCCCUGCGUGAAAUUCGUCGCUACCAGAAGAGCACGGAACUGCUUAUUCGCAAGUUGCCGUUCCAGCGUUUAGUACGCGAAAUUGCUCAGGACUUCAAGACCGACUUACGUUUCCAGAGCUCGGCUGUGAUGGCUUUGCAGGAAGCUAGCGAAGCCUAUCUAGUUGGCCUAUUCGAAGAUACAAAUUUGUGUGCUAUCCACGCUAAGCGUGUCACCAUCAUGCCCAAGGACAUUCAACUGGCCAGACGUAUUCGUGGGGAGCGCGCUUUUGCAACGUCCGCAUCUCCUGUGAUUGCCCAAGCAGCGUCAGGCGAGAAAAAGGUGGCUACUAAAAAGGCAGCAGCCGCCACACCAAAGUCAAAGAAGUCAGCAGCUCCUCCAUCGCACCCACCAACUCAGCAAAUGGUAGAUGCAUCGAUUAAAAACUUAAAGGAACGUGGUGGCUCAUCCCUUCUGGCAAUUAAAAAAUAUAUCGGUGCUACAUACAAGUGCGAUGCCCAGAAGCUAGCCCCGUUCAUUAAGAAGUACCUAAAGAAUGCGGUUGCGAAUGGAAAGCUGAUCCAAACAAAGGGCAAGGGUGCCUCUGGUUCGUUCAAACUAUCUGCAUCCGCUAAAAAGGAUCCCAAGCCAAAGGCCUCCGCUGUCGAGAAGAAAACUAAGAAGGUAAAUGCUUCGGCGGCAGCAGCAACUAAAAAGAAGAGUAGUACAUCUACCACGAAGAAAGCAGCGGGUGCCGCUGAUAAAAAGCCAUCAAAAUCGGCAGCAACCAAAAAGAGUGUUGAGAAAAAGAAGGCGGACAAAGCAAAGGCUAAGGAUGCGAAGAAAACGGGAACCAUUAAGGCCAAGCCUACAACAGCAAAGGCUAAAUCAAGCGCAACAAAGCCAAAGACCCCAAAACCUAAGACCACAACUGCUAAACCGAAGAAAGUCGUAAAGAUGGCUCGUACUAAGCAAACUGCUCGUAAAUCAACUGGAGGAAAGGCUCCUCGGAAACAGUUAGCUACUAAGGCAGCACGUAAAAGUGCUCCAGCAACUGGUGGUGUGAAGAAACCUCAUCGCUAUAGGCCAGGCACUGUUGCCCUGCGUGAAAUUCGUCGCUACCAGAAGAGCACGGAACUGCUUAUUCGCAAGUUGCCGUUCCAGCGUUUAGUACGCGAAAUUGCUCAGGACUUCAAGACCGACUUACGUUUCCAGAGCUCGGCUGUGAUGGCUUUGCAGGAAGCUAGCGAAGCCUAUCUAGUUGGCCUAUUCGAAGAUACAAAUUUGUGUGCUAUCCACGCUAAGCGUGUCACCAUCAUGCCCAAGGACAUUCAACUGGCCAGACGUAUUCGUGGGGAGCGCGCUUAA